UUUGUUUUGGAACUUUUGAACCUAAACAGAUACUUGUCAUAUUGCACCAUUAAAAUAUCGCGUUUCAGUACCCUGUCAAACAACAUUAAAUUAUUAAAAUUACAUGUGUGAAUUGUAUUAAAAACGAACAUGGGUGUCUCGUGUCGGAUAUAUAUACGGAAACCUCGGGAAGGUAUCCACCGGGCCGGUCAACCUAUCAACGGGAUACUUAGCUACGCAAUCGACGAACCAACCGAGUACCAGACGGCUGUUCUAUCCCUUAUCGGCACGGCGAAAUGCAAAUGGACAGAACACGACGGUAACCAUUCACACACCUACACCGGCAAAGAAGUGUUUUUGUCAAUGCAUGUGAAUAUUCUUAAUAAACCGUCCGAUGAAACAAUGACGUUGCCAGUUGGCGCGUAUGAAUUUCGAUUCGAGUUUAUCAUGCCUUAUGAUAUACCAUCCAGCUUUGAAGAUAAACACAGUAAUAUCACCUACCAGGUAAAGGCGAAAUUUGAGAAGGCAAGCUUUUUUAGUUUUACAAGGAGGUUUGAGAAACAAAUCACCGUAUAUGGAAAUGUUAACCCCACCAAUACUGUAGAAUCACUUACUUAUGGGCUCCAAAAGAAACUGUUUAGAUUAUUUUCUUCUACUGAACAUAUUGUGGAUUUGAAAGUGCGGAUUUCAAAGUCCUUUCUAACACCUGGUGAGAACGCUACUUUAGACUUGUAUGUGACUAAUGACAGUGAUACAGGAAUAACCUACCUUACAACUGAACUUUGCAGCAGGACAACAUACUUAGCAGAAGGGAUGUUCAGUAAUAAAACAAAAGUUGUGGAUAAUACAAUUGGUGGGUGUACAUGCACCACCCCACCGGUCUUAGCAUACAAAACUGUAAACUUUGCAUGUGUAGUUCCAACACCACCAGAUUUAUAUUCAAUACAGCAUUGUAAAAUAAUAAGCAAAGAAUUCUAUAUCCGAGUAACUAUUCAUUUACCGUUUCCACAUAGAAACGCAACAACUGUUAUACCCGUAGUUAUUGGAGAGGGUCAUUAUGGAGAUUGUUCUGGGAUUGUAGAACUAGAAGACAAUUUUGAAACUGGCCUAGAAGCAAGCAUUAGUGAUCCACCACCAUCCUAUUGGGAAGUGAUGAAUGAAGAUAAGAGUCAGGAUGAAAUUGGAUCACCAAGUAAAGAAAAAGAAUAAAAUUAAAAAUAGGACAGAAGAAGCAG